GGUGGGGCUGGCGGCAGCCGGGUGCUGGGGCGGCAGCCGGAGCGGAGCGUCGCCGGGAUACUUGUGAAAGAUGGUGGAUCGCUUGGCAAACAGUGAGGCAAAUACUAGAAGAAUAAGUAUAGUGGAAAACUGCUUUGGAGCAGCUGGUCAACCUCUGACUAUUCCUGGUCGUGUUCUGAUCGGAGAGGGAGUACUAACAAAGCUGUGUAGGAAGAAGCCCAAAGCAAGGCAGUUCUUCCUGUUCAAUGACAUUCUUGUUUACGGUAACAUUGUCAUCCAGAAGAAGAAAUACAAUAAACAACACAUAAUCCCGCUGGAAAACGUCACUAUUGAUUCCAUCCAGGAUGAGGGAGACUUACGGAAUGGGUGGCUUAUCAAGACACCAACAAAGUCGUUUGCAGUUUACGCUGCCACCGCUACAGAGAAGUCUGAAUGGAUGAACCACAUAAAUAAGUGUGUUUCUGAUUUGCUUUCCAAAAGCGGGAAGACUCCUAGCAAUGAACAUGCAGCUGUCUGGGUACCAGACUCGGAAGCCACUGUGUGCAUGCGCUGUCAGAAAGCAAAAUUUACGCCCGUCAACCGUCGUCACCACUGUCGCAAGUGCGGCUUUGUUGUGUGCGGGCCUUGCUCUGAAAAGAGGUUUCUUCUCCCGAGCCAGUCUUCCAAGCCUGUGCGAAUUUGCGACUUCUGCUAUGAUCUUCUUUCUACCGGGGAGAUGACUGCUUGUCAGUCCACUAGAUCAGACUCCUACAGCCAGUCACCUAAAUCGUCUUUAAAUGAUGUAUCUGAUGAUGAUGACGAUGAAGACAGUAGUGAUUAAGGACCAGAUGUUUUUUCCAUGUGUUGCAAUUUGUGUUUCAAACCAUAUGGAGCUGCUUUUGGGGAAGUCUAUAGUGAGGUUCCUCAGAAAAAUCCUGUUCUAGCCAUAAAAUAUGCCUGAAUAUCUUCAGUUGCGAUGUGCCUCAAUCUAUGAAUUCUCUAGACAAUAGUUUUUUCAGUCCUCUGCAGGGAUAGACUGUUGCAAAUGUUACCAGAAUAUUUUCCAACUUCUUGUACUUGAGUUGUGUCUAGGUUAGACUUUUGUGGAAGAUUGGAGAAUAAAAUGUACUUUCUUAAUUUAACAACCCAUACUUCCUAAUGCUUCAUAUUGAUAUGUUGUUAUGUGGGUUUUUUUGGAUACGGGGAAGAAAACUGUAAGCAUGCAUGGAACAGUGAUGUUUUGGUUAAUCCCUUAGACCAUCUUGUUUUUCUAACCAUGGUAUAUAGUAAGUUGAAAUGUGACAUAACUUACAAACUUAAAUGUCACAAAACUUGGAAAUGGUCUUGUUUUGCUCUUAUUUAUGACUUCCUAUGCCAAGCAGUGCCUUGUACCAAUUGUGCUGAUUCAGGCAGAAACAAACCUAUUCCAUGUUGUCUGUAUUUGCCUGAUGCUGGUAUCUGAGAGAUUGUUGGUGCUAUUGAAAAUAACUGCUGUGUUCAAAGUGGAGCUUUGACAAGGUCAUAACUGUACCACGCGGUGGGUGACAGAGACCCAAAUCACACGUCCUCACCUGUGCAGGCAGACCUGAAGACCUCGCAGAUUCCCACAGGCUUCAGUGGGGUUCUCCUUGCAGGAGUUGCAUUGCGGGUCGGCAUCUUGAGAUGAUAAGCUUAGGGUGUGACUCUUCACAGGGAUUUAUACAUUUUCUUUUCAGAACAGUUUCUAAGUUUCAAAUUUGGCAAAUGCCUACUGAAAUUUUAGUUGGGUGAUAUAGCAUUUGGAUGUGAUAGCCUAUAUAUUUUUGGAAAUAAUUCCUAAAAAUUACACUAAAUUGUUUCUUAAAAUAUUGGUGAGAGGG